AUGGGUAUUAAAGUGGCGAAAGAAGAUCCUCCAAUUAAUCAUCUGUUAUUUGCAGAUGAUUGUUUACUUUUCUUUCAAGCUGACGAAAAAAGUAUAUCUUCUGUUCUUGAUAUAUUGCACAAUUUUGGAGCCAUAUCAGGUCAGAUGAUAAACUUCUCCAAAUCUGCAGCUUCUAUUACAGGAGAUCUUUCACAUCAAAAGAAAAUGGAAAUCAUUAACAAUUUAGGAGUCAAAAAAUUAUGCAAAUAUGAUAAGUAUUUGGGAUUACCAAUUCUGUUGGGUAAAUCUAAAACUACUUCUUUUGAGUCAAUCAAAGAUGCUUUUAAUAAUCGACUUAGUGGGUGGAACUCGAAAUUGCUUAACCAACCAGCGAGAACUACCAUGGUUAGGUCAGUACUCAACUCAAUUCCAUCUCACUAUAUGAGUAAUUUUAGAUUACCCAAACACACUCUGCAGCAACUUGAUCCAAUCCAACGGAGAUUAUGGUGGGGGAAUAAAGCUAAUAAAGGCAUUAAUAUCAUUGCAUGA